AGAUCACAUGCAUUUGUACAACAUAAUCUUCUUAUCCUAAAUCCCUUUCACAAAACCCUUGUUCAAUUUUCAUCAAAAAGAGGGUUUAACAUAUCCAUUUCAAGAUGAAACCUGUUGCAUCUUUGCUUUUGGUCCUUAAUUUCUGCAUGUAUGCUGUUAUUUUAGGCAUUGCUGGCUGGGCUAUGAACUUUGCCAUUGAUAAUGGUUUCAUCAUUGGUCAAGGAUUUGAACUUCCAGCACAUUUCUCUCCAAUUUACUUCCCAAUGGGAAAUGCUGCCACUGGAUUCUUUGUUGUAUUUUCUUUGAUAGCAGGUGUGGUGGGAGUUGCAUCUGUUCUCUCUGGAAUUGACCAUAUUCGCCGAUGGAACUUCGAUAGCUUACCAGCUGCUGCUUCUGCUGCUACUAUUGCCUGGAGUCUUACACUCCUUGCCAUGGGCUUUGCUUGGAAAGAAAUUGAACUCAACUACCGGAAUGCCAAAUUGAUAACAAUGGAGGCAUUCUUGAUAAUUCUAUCAUUUACUCAACUGGUAUACAUAGUUGCCAUUCAUGGUGCUUCUUGAAGGAGAUAAAUCAACUCGCAAAAUGAAUUGUAUCGUCUGAAGUGUGUGGAUUGAGUUUGUUGUUUCCUUUUUUAUUUCAGGGUUCUUUUUUGUUUUGCCAAUUUCGUUGUUUUAAUUCAUUAUUGUGUAGACAAAGUUGGCCAGAGCAUGGCUGUUUGUAUCUUUAACUGUCUUUAGUAUUAAAAUUGUAACAAGCAAAUAAAUGAUAACACAAAUAUUACCCUUCA